UACGCCACCGCUCCACCUCUCCGCCGCCCCCGCACGCAGCCGCCGCCGCCGCCAUGGGUGCGUACAAGUACAUUUCGGAGCUAUGGAGGAGGAAGCAGUCGGACGUGAUGAGGUUCGUGCAGCGCGUGCGGUGCUGGGAGUACCGCCAGCAGCCGGCCAUCGUGCGCCUCACCCGCCCCACCCGCCCCGACAAGGCCCGCCGCCUCGGGUACAAGGCCAAGCAGGGGUAUGUGGUUUACCGUGUCCGUGUCAGGCGUGGUGGCAGGAAGAGGCCAGUGCCCAAGGGUAUUGUCUAUGGCAAGCCCAAGCACCAGGGUAUCACCCAGCUCAAGUUCCAGAGGAACAAGAGGUCAGUUGCUGAGGAGAGAGCUGGACGCAAGCUGGGUGGACUCAGGGUGCUCAACUCCUACUGGGUGAAUGAGGACUCCACCUACAAGUACUUCGAGAUCAUCCUUGUGGAUGUUGCUCACAGCGCUAUCCGCAACGACCCAAGGAUCAACUGGCUCUGCAAGCCUGUGCACAAGCACCGUGAGCUCCGUGGUCUCACCUCUGCUGGUAAGAAGUACCGUGGUCUGCGCGGCAAGGGCCACACUCACCACAAGGCCAGGCCAUCCCGCAGGGCUACCUGGAAGCGCAACCAGACCGUCUCUCUUCGUCGCUACCGUUAAGCUUAUGUGCUUUGAUGUUUCGUUGCUGCGGAAUCCGUCCCUUGCAGACUUCUAUAAUGUCUGUUUGCACUUUGAAAUUUUGGUACUUGUGAAAGCAGUGAACUUUGUAGAAGCAAUGUUGCCAACUAUUCUAUAUUUGCCUGUGAUGAAACAGAAGAUUGAGUUAUCCAAUGUUCUGUGAGUUAGUUUUUAUA